AUGUGUCAUCAGGAAAUUGCCGCCAAUGGCUGGACCAGCGUAGCGGCUAAUGCGGGCGCCAUCUUUGGUGAUCAGCCUUUCAUCAAUAAGCCGGGGGCUCUCGCUCUCACUGACAUCAAAUUUCCAUUUGAUGAUCCAACGGUCGCGAAGACUUUGAAGUACGCAAAGGAAACCCUACAUCCCGAAACCUUCAAUCAUUCGAUGAGGGUCUACUUCUACGGAAUGGCUAUCACCAAGCAGCAGUUCCCCGAGCAAGCUGCUGCUCUUAACCCGGUGACUUGGGCAUUGGCAUGCUUGCUACAUGAUCUCGGCACGGCUGAGGAAAACCUAACGGCAACCCGGAUGUCUUUUGAUAUAUAUGGGGGCAUCAAGGCCCUCUUUGUCCUCAAAGAUUUUGGCGCCACUAAAGAUCAGGCCGAGGCAGCUGCUGAGGCAAUCAUCCGACACGAGGAUAUGGGAGUGGAUGGAACGAUCACAUACAUUGGUCAACUCAUCCAGUUGGCCACGACUUACGACAAUACCGGUUUCCAUCCACACGUCCAGGAUUUCGGCAAAAUGAUCCAUGAAACCACCCGCACUCGGAUAAACGAGGCCUAUCCGCGCAUGAAGUGGUGCGCAUUCUUCGCUAGCGUCAUUCGCAAGGAGGAGAAGAUCAAGCCCUGGUGCCACUCGACCCAUCUUGUCAACUUUGACAAUGAGAUUGAGGCCAACGCCCUCAUGAAGCAGUGGGAGUGA